CGUUCAUUCUAUAUAUAGUUAAUGUUCAUUUGUUUUAUAUUAAUCCUGUUAUUACAGUACCAGAUGACGUUAAACGUGUAAACUAUUGGAAAUUCCUUUCCUCUUUCCUACACGUCAAGAGGAACAGUUUUAACUGGAUUUACCAUCGCUUGAAAACUAUAUAACACUAAGUAUUCAUCUUCUUAGUAAGGAAAGCAUUUACAUUGCACUAGUUGAUAGACUCAAACAAAAUAAUUAUGGGUAACAACAAACCAAGAAUACCAAUGGCGGAAACAUUACAAGGUUUAAAAAUAAAACUCUUAGAAGGAAACGACUUUGCGGACGAACUGCGGAAAACAUUUGGAAGAGAGAAGAUACAAAGUGAUCGAAUAUUCUCGCACAUUCAACACAAUGCCAGGAGUGAGGUCAAGGUCAAGCGAUUGACAAGAGAGACUGCCAGCCAUCUAAUUCACAGACCUGCACAUCUGUACAAGAAAUCCAGGAAACAUAUUUCAAAAGUACAAAAAUAUCUCUCACACGUUUAUAAAAAUGAAACCCGUUUUUUGGACGAACAGACAGAUUUUAAUGACCUACAUAUAAAGGUGGAAUCGAUACUGCAAGAACUUGAUAGUGCAAUUAUUGAACUAAAACAUUCUGAUGAUGAUACGGAUGACGAAAAUAAUGAGUUGACCUCAGAUGAAGAAAAUUCCGGAAGCCAUGGCGGAAGUGCAGGGACAUAUAUCAACGAUAGGGAAUUGGUUCACCCUAGUAGUAAUAACCAUGACCGAUUUCAAAACGUGAAAAAAGAUUUUAAACUUAUUUGUAAAGUUUCUUUGAUAUUAGAAAUAGAAAGUGAUAACUACAAAAUCUUAAGUCAGGUUUGUGUAUGAUACAAAUGUUAGGAUUUAUUUAGACCAAAUAGAGAAAUAUUCAGAUAUCUGUGAUAUUGCAUUUGUUACUGAAAAAGAGUCGAGAGAUACAAGAGGGACAGUCAAAUAUAUAAUCUCACCGUAGAAUUAUCCACAAUCUAGAUAUAGGAAGAUGUGGUGUGAGUGCCAAUGAGACAACUCUCCAUCCAAAUAACAAUUUAAAAAGUAAACCAUCAUAGGUUAAAGUACGGCCUUCAACACGGAGCCUUGGCUCACACCGAACAACAAGCUAUAAAGGGCCCCAAAAUUACUAGUGUAAAACCAUUCAAACGGGAACACCAACGGUCUAAUCUAUAUAAACAAAACGAGAAACACGUAUAUAUUACAUAAACAAACGACAACUACUGUACAUCAGAUUCCUGACUUAGGACAGGUGCAAACAUUUGCAGCGGGAUUAAACGUUUUAAUGGAUCCAAACCUUCUCCCUUUUUACAUGCAUAUAUUUGGAUGGUUUUGUUUUCCUAACAAUUAUGAUUGUAUCGAGUGUUAAUAUAAUUGUGGAGAGUUGUCUCAUUGGCAAUCAUAAUACGUCUUGUUUUUAUAAUUACAAUGUAACAUUGAAUGAUCUGGUGCAUUAAUUGUGCAAUUACUUCUGAAUCACCAAAAAUAAAUACAUAUCACUAAAGUAAGAUAAAUCUGUAAACAAUAACCUGAACAUUUUAAUCGCGUUUUAUUCUUAAGGUAAUAUCAAACUUCUUAAUGACCGAGAUACGUGUUUUUCAAAUUCCUACAUAGCAAACGACAAUUUUCUUCUGAAAUAUGUGGUUCAUAGAAAAUUGAAAGCAACACCUUAAAUAACUGCAUGCGUCCGAUGCGUUUUACUGGAUAUACCUUCACUAUAAAGUUUGUUGAUUUUUUUAUUUUUUGUGUGAAAGGGUUUAAGUAAAUUUUUUGUCAAUAUUUAUGGAAAAUAAACGAGCCAAUUUAAUUUUUUUUCAAGGUGAGAAUUUUUCCUUAAUUUGCAAUUUAACAUUGACAAUAGACAAAUAUGCGAUAAAUGUUUAACUUUUGAAAUUCCCUCAGUCACAUAACAUUAACGAUGGACAAUUUAGUCUUUAUAUUAAGAUAUUGUUGUUGUUUUCUAGUUUAAUUGAUGUCUUUUAAAUGUUGUAUUGUUCUAAUAUAUUUCACUUCUGACACUCGAAGUCAUGUGCGUACGCUACUUUGUGUAUUUCAGAUGCUCGUGUAUUGCGUACUGUAAUCAUAUCAUUAUACAACAAGUUGUCAUAAUAUUUUAAAAUUAUAUAGAAACCUAUUAUCCUGUUUACGUUUAUCAUGUUUAUGACAAAUCAAUUUCAGAUUAAAAAAAACUUAAUUCUCCUUCCUUGGUUUAUUUUUUCUCUCAAAGUUAAUGACUCAAAUAGGACUCUUUAUCAAGUUAUUAUCUGUGUAAGUAUACAUGCAGAAUAAAAAGUAAAAUAAAUUAUCAUAACCAUCCUGUAUUUAUAACAAUAUAUACUUUCGUUUAAAAAGAAAAGCUACUUUCUAAGACCAAAAAACAGAUAGACUGGCAGGGCUAUUGAACAUGUUUGUUUUUAUUAACAGCUUCUUAUCAUUUGAUUUAGACUGUGUUGUGCCCUGUAAUAGGUGUGUUGUUGAUAACAAUUUUAUUGGCGGAAUAUUAUAAACAAUUAGUUGAAAAUAAAAGCAAUAAUCUG